UUAUUUUUAUCGUAAUAUUCCGUGUUCUAAAAUCAGUGACGUACAUUGUGCGACAGGCAACUCACGUGGGUCGCUGGAUAGUCAAGGUAGCCGUGAGUCUAGCGAUGGCGCUGUGUUUAUAAAGUUGACGGAAUAAUGUACAGGCUUCUCAGAGCCUCGGUUCUGCGGCUCUACGCGGGUACAUUCGUGAAACAUCUGUCGGGGACGCGGACGGAGAGUCUGCGCAGAUGGAAACGCGCAGGAGGUCCGGCAUUAAAGGCGCUUCAGGAGCCGCACACACUGCUGGAGCCGCACACACAGGAGCACUUCCUGUUCCCGGACUGGGGGACAGAACAUGAGGAUGAUGGAGAGGUGCUGGAGAAGGGCCCUCAGCUCAGGGGGCCUCAGAGAAACAAUGAUGAUGAUGGAGAGAUGCUGGAGAGGGGCCCUCAGCUGGGAGCUCUUCAGAGAAAACACCGUGAUGAUGAUGGAGAGGUCAGGACUCAGUCUAAGCAGCUCCGGGGUCUGGAGAGACAGCUGGAGCUCAUGAAGGGCCCCGUAGAGGAACACUCUCUGAUAGACUUCCAUGAUGAAGGAUUCCCUCUGCACAAACCCAAGAAGAAGCGCCCGCAGAAGGUGUUCGGCUCUCCGGAUGCGCAGGCGGCCCUCAGCGAGACCUCCUGCUCCGGCUGCGGGGCCCUCCUGCACUGCACGGACCCCCAGGAGCCCGGAUACCUGCCCAGUGAGAAGUACAAGCCUCUGCUGGAGGGCGGUGGGCUGGAGCGGGCCGUGUGCCAGCGCUGCUUCCUGAUCCAGCACCAGCAGAGGGCGCUGAGCGUGCGGAUGUCCCCGGAUCAGUACCGCGCGGUGGUGGGCUCCAUACGGCCCCUGAGCGCGCUGGUUCUGCUGAUCCUGGACCUGCUGGAUCUCCCGCACUCCAUCAUCCCGGACCUGCCGCAGCUGCUGGGACGCAACAAACGUGUGGUGGUGUUGGGGAAUAAGGUGGACCUGCUGCCGGGAGAUGCGCAGAACUACCUGCAGCGGGUGCGGCGGCAGCUGAUGGCGGACUGCGCCCGCGCCGGCAUCUCCGCUGACCCCCGAGACGUCCACCUCAUCAGCGCUAAAACCGGCUACGGCAUCGAGACGCUGAUCAGCAGCCUGCAGACCCGCGGGAGGCACCGGGGAGACGUGUACCUGAUCGGGAUGGCCAACGCCGGCAAAUCCACACUCUUCAACACCCUGCUGGAGUCUGACUACUGCAAAUCCACAGCCGCUGACGCCAUCCAUAGAGCCACCAUAUCACCAUGGCCUGGUCAGACACUCACCCACACGGACAGACAAACAGAUAGAUAGAUAGAUAGAUAGAUUGAUUAACAAGUAGAUAAAUAGAUGCAAGGUAUAUAUAUAUGUAUAUGGACAGGCAUAUAGACAGACAGUGUGUGUAUAUAG